UGUCCUACGGAAGUUGAAUUGUUGUAGUCGGACACUGGCGAAAACACUGGAGUGGUCGCAAGGAGGCGGCGAAACCGAAUUAUAAACACACCUUGUGUGCUUAAGAGAAUCUAAAGUGAGCGCAAAUAGCCAAUUAAGUCAAACAGACGCGCUGAGAUAGAAAGAAAUACACCAACAGUGGCCCCUGUAAGCUAGCCCUAACCCCUGAAGUCCUCUGUGGUUAGGCGAAACGAGGCGGGAGGCGAUGGAGCCUUCACCGGCAAAGGGGAAACCACAGGGUCGCCUGUUGGUGUCCACGACUCUGGACGCAAAAGAUGAACUGGAGGAGCGGUUGGAAAGAUGUGUCGGAAUUGUCACUUCUAUGACAAACGGCCUUUCAGAGCGCGAAGCCAACGAUGCCAUCACUGCCCAUGUGUGCAAGGGGCCACAGCAACAUGAGGAAGUGUGUUUGGGUCUGUUUAGCAUACUUUUGACAGAGACACCUCAGGCACAGCGGUGUUACAGAGACUUGACGCUGGUGAACCGUGAUGGGAUGAAUGUGGUUCUGAUGAAAAUAAACCAGAUCCUCAUGGAGAAGUUCCUCAAACUCCAAGAUGUUUGUCGCACCCAGCUGGUCUGGCUGGUCCGAGAGUUGGUGAAGAGUGGUGUCAUUGGGGCUGAUGGAAUCCUCAUGACCCUUAUGAAACAGAUAGCAGGAGGAGACAUCUCCAGUAAGAACCUGUGGUUGGCGGAGAACGUGCUGGACAUCUUGCUUGAGCAGAAGGAGUGGGUCCUGAAGAGCGGAAUGCUGAUCGCCAUGUCUGUGUACACUUACUUGCGCCUGAUGGUGGACCAUGGAACCCCCAACCUGCUGCCCCUCAGACAGAAGGAGGUGGACUUCUGCAUAAGCCUGCUCCGCGAGAAGUUUAUGGAGUGCUACAUUAUUGGGAGGGAUCUGGUGCGCCUGCUGCAGAAUGUGGCUCGAAUCCCCGAGAUGGAGCUGCUGUGGAAAGACCUGCUGCACAACCCUCAGACCCUCAGCCCACAGUUCACAGGUGUGCUGCAGCUUCUUACCUCUCGAACGUCACGAAAGUUCCUUGCCUGUCGCCUGACGCCGGACAUGGAGACCAAACUUCUCUUCAUGACCUCCAGAGUGCGCUUUGGGCAGCAGAAGCGCUAUCAGGAUUGGUUCCAGCGGCAGUACCUGUCCACGGCCGAGAGUCAAUCCCUGCGCUGCGACCUGAUUCGCUACAUCUGUGGCGUGGUCCACCCGUCCAAUGAGGUGCUCAGCUCCGACAUCCUGCCCCGCUGGGCCAUCAUAGGCUGGCUCCUCACCACCUGCACGUCGAACGUGGCAGCCUCAAAUGCCAAGCUUGCCCUCUUCUACGACUGGCUCUUUUUCAGUCCGGAGAAGGAUAGCAUCAUGAACAUAGAGCCAGCCAUCCUGGUGAUGCAUCACUCUAUGAAGCCACACCCUGCCAUAACCGCCACAUUGCUGGACUUUAUGUGCCGGAUUAUCCCUCACUUCUUCCCCCCCCUGGAGGUUCAGGUGCGUCAGGGCGUGUGCAACUCCCUCACCUUCAUCAUGGAGAAGAGAGUGCUGGCUCACCUGGCUCCUCUGUUUGAUAACCCCAAGCUGGAUCGAGAGCUCCGCUCCAUGUUACGUGAGCGCUUCCCAGAGUUCUGUAGUUCACCUUCGCCCCCCACAGAAGUGAAAAUGGAAGAAUCCCUUCCCCUGGAGAUGGAGAAUCACGUGCUGGAUAAAGAGGACAGUUGCUAUGACGCCACUGAAGCUGCCUUCAGUGACGAUGAGGAGGAGAUUAAUAACAAAGCAGGCAAGAAAAAGGAGUUUCGGUUCCAUCCAAUCAAAGAGACUUAUAUUGAAGAGCCAGCUGACAUCUCACCCUAUGUGGACCAGUUGGACGAGCCGUUGAAGGAGAAGGUGACCCAGCUGCAGAAGGAGAGUGACAUGGAGGUUCAGUGUGAAGUGAUGCAGGAGAUCGUGGACCUCAUACUGGAGGAGGACUUUGACUCUGAGCAGAUGUCCACUCUGGCCUCUUGUCUGGCUGAACUGUUCAAGGGCCACUUCAGAGGAGACGUCCUCCCAGACGAGAUCACGGAAGAGUCUUUGGAAGAGUCCGUGUGUAAGCCGGUGUGUUUGGUGUUCCGUAACCUGUGUCAAAUGCAAGAGGAUAACAGCAGCUUCUCCAUGCUCCUGGACAUGCUAGCCGAGCUCUACCAGAAACAGCCCAAGAUAGGAUACCACCUUCUCUACUACCUGAAGGCCAGUAAAGCGGCGGCAGGUAAGAUGAGUCUAUACGAGGCGUUUGCUCAGGCCACAGCACUGGGGGACCUGCACACCUGCCUCAUGAUGGACAUGAAGGCCUGUCAGGAGGACGACGUCCGCCUGCUCUGUUACCUCACGCCCUCCAUCUACUCCGAGUUCCCUGAUGAGACUCUGCGCAGUGGAGAACUGCUGAAUAUGAUUGUGGCUGUCAUUGAUUCCACACAGCUUCAAGAGCUAAUGUGUCAUGUGAUGAUGGGUAAUCUGGUGAUGUUCCGUAAAGACUCUGUUCUCAACAUACUCAUUCAAUCCCUUGACUGGGAGACGUUCGAGCAGUACAGCACUUGGCAGCUCUUUCUGGCCCACAGCAUCCCACUGGAAACGAUAAUCCCCAUCCUCCAGCACCUCAAAUACAAGGAACAUCCUGAGGCGCUCUCAUGUCUGCUGUUGCAGCUACGCAGAGAGAAACCCAUGGAGGAGAUGGUGAAGAUGGUUCUGAGUCGGCCGUGUCACCAUGAGGAUCAGUUUACCACCAGCAUCCUGCGCCACUGGGCCUCCAAACACGACGACACACUGGGAGAACACAUCAAAGCACUGCUCAUCAAAAACAACAACCUACCCCGCAAGAGACAGAGUCUGCGCAGUUCCAGCAGUAAACUGGCUCAGUUGACUUUGGAGCAGAUGCUGGAGCACCUGGACAACCUCAGACUGAACCUGUCCAACACCAAGAAUAACUGUAAGUCUCUCUCAAACAAACACACACACACACACACACACACACACACACACACACACACACACACACGCCUGAGACUAAACCUUGUUGUUGUGUUUCCUCCAGUCUUCACCCAGACGCCAAUUCUGCAGGCUCUUCAACACGUGCAGGCCAGCUGUGACGAAGCCCACAAGAUGAGGUUCAGCGAUCUCUUUGCUCUAGCGGAGGAGUACGAAGACUCGACCAAACCCCCCAAAUCCAGACGCAAGGCCCCCGCCUCGUCCCCGCGCUCACGCAAAGGCGCCGCCCCGCCCACCAACAACGAAGAGGAGAGCGCCUCCAGCAGCGCUUCUGAGGAAGAGGACUCCAAGCCCAAGGCCCCAAAGAGGAAGAGAAAAGGCUCCUCAGCUGUGGGCUCCGACAGCGACUAAGGAGACCGGCUCCUCACCCACCAAUCACAUCCCAUCUGCUAUUGUGACAUCACUGGAGACUGGACCACUGCCCAAUCAGACGCUCCAGCCAACUUUGGAGACCCCCAGCAAACUAUCCCACGCGCUAGGGGCAGCCAUUUCCUCUUGGACUCUAAUGCAUUUGGCCAGAGCCAGACGAAAGCUGCCCCUCGGCCGCCACUGCUCAUUGGCUGAUGUGGAGCCAAUGGGCGUGGCCUGGCAGAACACAUGGAGAUGGGAUGGGAGUGGGCGAACUCCAGACUCCUCCCCUUUGAACACUUUGACUGACAGCUAGUCGGACAGACCCAAACCAGACAGACCGCCUUAAGGAGUCGGCUCCCAUGGCAACCACAGAGAGGAGGGGGUGUGUCUGGCGCUCUGUGGUCGGUCUCAGCGUCGCUCUUUGCCACCUGUACUCCAGACACACACACACACCACACACACACACACAAGUUUUACCAGACGCCCACGGCUCUUUUAAAGAGGGAGAGUGCGACGCUUUGACGCAUUGACUUUACCGUUAGUCUCUGACAGAAGGAAACGUCAGAUGAAGUACCCCCCACCCAACCACCCCUGCCUGGGGAAAAGGCCUCUUAAUGUUGGCUAAUGUUACAUAAUCUUGGAAAGUACAUUAAUUCCACCCCCCCACCCUCCCCCAUUAUUCUCCCAGCCCUGAUUGGUCACCCUUAUUGAGAAGAGGAGCCAAGGAGUUGACAUGGAGGAUCCCACUUGUCAUUGGUCAGUUUUUACCACAGACGAUUGGCCCGCCCACGAGUGCGGCCAAGGAGACAGUUCCGUUGAAGAACUCACACAUUGACUUUUUAAAGAAAAUUUCUUUCUACUGACAUAUUUUCAUAAAAAAAGAUCAUAACUAUGUCAAAUGAUUAUGAUAUUAAUAAAAAAGGGCUAAAAAGCUG